AUGAGUGGAGCAGGACAGCAACAGGGCAAUCCACUUCCGGAGAACGGCCUAGUGGGAAAACUAACGUCGAGUCAAUACGGGGCAUUGAAGUCAUUCUGGCGGGAGUUUUUUCGGCUAGUUGACAGCGCGCCGGAGCGAGGAUCUUCGGCGGAGGACGCCGAUGACGAGGACGGACUGGAGCGAACCGAGGCGGCUCUGACUGGCGACCAACCACCUCUCGACCCGGACACCGACCUUAAGGAUCAGCAGAAUGGCAGCGAUGCGAAGGCCGCUGGCGGCCCUCCUCCUAGUGGCAGUCUCAAGGACGAACAUCUCAAGGAAAAAUUGCGCUCUGAACAGGAACUUCGGGAUGCAAAGGCUGCCUUAGAGAGGUAUGGCAAGACUCGGUUUAUGGACACCUUUUGGAACAUGAUCAUGAUGGAUGAUCCAGAUGUAAUCGUACUGAAAUUUCUACGAGCGCGGAAAUGGAACGUAGCCGCAGGAGUAGCGAUGAUGGCGGCAUGCAUGAAAUGGCGCAUUGAAUAUGGAGUGGAUAAGAUCAUCUCGAAGGGCGAAGAAGGCUAUCUGAACCAGGAUGGCUUCUUGCACCAACUCAAGAUCGGCAAGACUUUCGUCCAGGGCACUGAUCGACAGGGCCGGCCAAUCGUUUACAUCAACGUCCGUCUCCAUAAAGCCUCUGAUCAAUCUCCCAAGACUCUAGAAGAGUUCAUCGUCUUCUCAAUGGAGUCUGUCAGACUGAUGCUAACUCCACCCUUAGUCGAGAAGGUCACAAUAAUAAUCGACAUGUCGGGCUUCGGGCUUGCGAACAUGGAUUGGAAGUCGCUUGCGUUCAUCGUGAAAUGUCUGGAGUCAUACUAUCCAGAGUCUUUGAAUGUCCUCGUCGUUCAUAACCCGCCUUGGGUGUUCCAGGGACUUUGGAAGAUCAUUGCACCAAUGUUAGAUCCGGUGGUUCGAGCGAAGAUCCAGAUCACCAAGUCACCCGAAGAGCUCAAAGUACACAUAGAUGAAAAGCAUUUACUGGAGAGUCUAGGGGGGACAAAUGGAUGGAAAUGGGUGUACGAGCCGGUCCAGAAGGGCGAGAAUGAGUUGAUGGCCGACACAGCGGUCCGACUGCACGAGAUCCAGAACCGCAAGAAGCUCAUCAAGGCUCACCUCGAUAUCACCCGUAAAUGGGCCGAGGAAUCCGGCCCCGCUAACGAGCUGAGAGACGAUCUUUUGGUCCCUGAGGAUCUUUCGGUCUCCGCCCAGCUCCGAAAAUUCAUCACCUAUCAUCUCCGGGUCCACUAUUUUGUCCUGGAUCCAUACAUAAGAGGUCGAUCGAUAUAUCACAGAAAAGGACGGGUGAUCGGCAACGGCUUGAUCACCUUUGAGUACUCUCAAGUCAAGCUGAAAUCCGAAACUGAUCCAAAUAAAGAAGAACUUGUCGAUCUUUGGGACGUCUUAGGAUAUCCUAUGUCUCGCGAAAACUUGCUCAUGUCAAUUGAGAAGAUGAAGGUCGAGUUCCUUCGCAAAAACAUCACUUUCCCUGUCUUUUGA